AUGCACAACGAAAGAGCUGCCAUGCACAAAGAAAGAGCUGCCAAUCGAAAAGCCGCAUUCGAUGCCUUCGGUGCCAAAAUGGCUGCCGAAAGAGCCGCAAAGGCUACCCUAAAAGCUGGGAAAGCAUAUUUACCAGGAGUCGAAUACAAUAGAAAACACGCCAAAGCAAACGCCGUAACCGCAGCCGCGGAUAGGGCCGAAGCCGAAGCCAGAGCCAGAGCCAGAGUCAUAGUCAAUGAAAGGUUGGAAUUUCUCAUGGACGAAGUGAUCGGUCAAGGCACAAAUGGAGUAGUUGGAGCAGAAUCAGUUGAAGCGAACAAAGAGACCGAACUGCUUGACGACCUCAGUCAACAGAUCCGGGGUACCAAGACCACGGAUUGGCUUAAAAAAACAGUCAAUCAAUUCAGGCGCAUCCACCACGCAAGGCGCAGAGACAAAGAUUUCGCAGAUGCCACCGAGUCUCAGUACAACAUUCUGCGGACAGACUUUAUCGUCAAGUGGCACACUAUGUACUACGGACUCAUGGGAUUCCUACCCGUCCCCUACAAUCAAGAUCGGGAAACACUCCGACACGCAGAUUUAGAUCGAACAUGUGGCAACAACCAAGCUGAAACAUUUCCAGGGGCUGUCAGCAUGUCAUGCUAUGAAAAUCUUCUCGAAUCAUCCCGCAUAAGAUGGAUGAGGAUGAUCGCCGACGAUCAACAAGACCGAGAGUCGCACGUGCAAUGGAGGAAAAUGAUUUCACCACCUAGUGAUGGUCACAUCAUGUUCAGGGUUUCUAAAUCCGUUGUCCAUCGCCAAUCGCCUUUCUCAUUUCCCACCCAUGCCUAUGUCAGACACAGAUUAUAUCGACCACCCAACGAAGACAAGGCUGGCAUUCUCUUACAAUCCGUAAUUUUGUCUUCUACGUUAUUCACGCCGAUGGCGUACGUCAAAGAGUAUGGGUACUUCCUACAUCCGGAUUUAAGCUACAACAGGGUUCUCUAUCCGGAUCAAUGGAAGCCUUUGUGCAACACCUUGUAUAAAUAUUGGGAAGAACAAGAAAAGGUCGCGAAAAGCUAUGAAGUACUAGUCGAUUCUACCUUCAAUACCGAUCUCGACGAGCUGGAGGCCAAGGUUCCACCAAAAGACUCCGAUCCAACCGCCAUGACGAGCGAUGAGCUGCAAAAUCUUUUCGACGAUGGCAUAACCGGAGUCAACCAACGAUCGAGGAGCUUUGGCCAGCCCCCCACCAGCGUGCUGAACAAAAUGCGGGAGAAUAUGGCGGAAGAGCAUUCUAGCAACGAGCAGCCUGAUGAUCAAUUUCUACAAGGUCUUCGGCAUGACAUCGCCCAAUGGGAAGUCAAGGAUGAGAUUGACAAGUCGCGGGAGAUUCCUUCUGAUGCUGAUAUCACGCCAGAGGCGGGCACGCCGAAUGAUGCCAUGUCAUCUCCCAAAAACAAUGUACCCGUCAAGGCAAAGAAGGGCAACCGUCUUAAAUGGUAG